AUGGUUGCCCUUCAACAUGUCAUGUCAGGAGCACUGGCAUUCAACACCACCGAAUUCACUCAGCCCAUCAUGAAGUUGUUCACCUCCGCGCUGCUCCUCGGCUCCAUCGCCACCCAAACCAUCUUCGGAUACCCUGGGGCGGGCGUGGUCAAGAGAGAUGUCGAUUCUUUCAUUGCCACCGAAACUCCGAUAGCCCUGGCUCAGCUGCUUUGCAACAUCGGUCCCAAUGGAUGCCACGCCUCUGGUGUUAGCGCCGGUAUUGUCAUUGCCUCUCCUGACAGAACUGACCCGCCGUACUUCUACACUUGGACCAGAGAUGCCGGCCUCGUCUUCAAGGCUGUGGUUGACAUUUUCACCAACAGCUACGACGCCAACUUGCAGAUCAACAUCCAGAACUAUAUUGCCUCACAAGCUCGUCUUCAGGGAGUGUCGAACCCUUCGGGAGGUCUGGGUGAUGGUACCGGUCUGGGCGAGCCCAAGUUUGAAGUGAACUUGCAGCCUUACACGGGAGCUUGGGGACGACCUCAGAGGGACGGCCCGGCCCUUCGUGCUAUUGCCAUCAUUGGUUACGCUAAGUGGCUGGUCAAGAACGGAUACUCAUCUACUGCGUCGUCUGUACUCUGGCCUGUGAUCCGGAACGAUCUGAACUAUGUCGCCCAGUACUGGAACCAGACAGGCUUUGACCUGUGGGAAGAGGUUCAGGGAAGCUCCUUUUUCACAGUGGCCAGUCAACAUCGCGCCCUUGUGGAGGGUAGUGCGCUGGCGCGAUCCCUAGGUCUUUCUUGCAACGCUUGCGACGCUGUUGCCCCUCAAGUGCUUUGCUUCAUGGGCCGCUUCUGGUCGUCAUCUGGCAACUACAUGAUCGCCAACAUCAACGGCAACGGCAGAUCCGGCAGAGACGCCAACGUCAUCCUUGCCUCCAUCCACAACUUCGACCCAGCCGCAUCUUGUGACGCCGCAACCUUCCAGCCUUGCAGUGACAAAGCUCUGGCCAGUCACAAGGUGGUUGUGGACUCAUUCCGCACCAUCUACACCAUUAACAACGGCAUCUCCCAAGCGAACGCUAUUGCUGUUGGGAGGUACCCUGAAGACAGCUAUUACGGAGGCAACCCUUGGUACCUGAACACACUGGCCGCCGCAGAGCAGCUCUACGAUGCUCUUUACGUCUGGAAGCAGCAAGGCUCCAUCACAGUGACAUCAACCUCCUUGGCCUUCUUCAGAGAUCGCUUGGGAUCUGUAUCCGCUGGUACCUAUGCCUCGGGGACUUCGACUUAUACCUCGCUCAUCAACGCCGUCAGCGCUUACGCCGAUGGCUUCAUGAACGUCGUCGCAACCUACGCUCAGACGAACGGCUCUCUCGCCGAGCAGUUCUCACGAAGCAAUGGACAACCUCUAUCAGCGGACGACCUCACCUGGUCUUACGCCGCCUUCCUCACAGCAGCCCAACGGCGAGCAGCAGUCAUUCCUCCCGGCUGGGUCUCACCUUCGGCAACUUCUGUCCCGGGCACCUGCCAAGCUACCUCCGUCGCCGGCUCCUAUUCCAGUGCGACCUCCACUUCGUUCCCGGCCAACCAGACCCCCCAGACCAACUUGCCGACGACAACGGCUACGGGACCAGCUCCAACUGCCACGGGAUGCCCCAUUGCAAGCUCCGUUCUCGUCACUUUCAACGUGAGAGUAACGACGCAGUUCGGUCAGACCAUCAAGAUUGUGGGUAACACACCUUCCCUUGGCAGCUGGAACCCAAGCAGCGCCAUCACUUUGAGUGCUUCGCAGUAUACCUCUUCCAACCCGAUCUGGUCCGUCACGAUCGAGUUGCCGGCUGGCCAGGCGAUCGAGUACAAGUACAUCAAUGUCGCCAGCGGUGGUGCCGUUACGUGGGAGAGGGAUCCUAAUCAUGCUUACACCGUGCCAUCCUCGUGCGCGACGUCAGUCACCAAGUCUGAUACCUGGCAGGCUUAG